CCAUGCUUUGCGUAUACCCUCCGGUAAUGAUCCUCCAUGGUAGGAUUCAGUGUGCAUCGCCAGAAACGGCCGACGGCGUGCAUCUACAUGUAGUUCCCCUCGUACCUCGGGCAUCGGUCAAGUCACGCAGAGGGCGCUAGCCGACACCCCCGGACCCCUGUUUCGCGAGUCGAAUGUUUUGCAUCUCAUCUCGAGUACCGAGCUCCCCAGCCGCCCAACACCACCCAUCCCGACCUCCAUGUCCAUCGCGCCCAUGGACUCGGCACUCCUGAUGCGCCAUGUGCUGCGCACGCCGGCGGCCCGCCGUCCCGUGCCUGCCCGCAUCCCGCGCCAGACGCGCACCCUCGCGCUCUACGCACCGCAGACGCGCUUCCUCUCGACGCCGACGAUCCUGCGCCCGAGCUUCUGGGCCGCGAUGAUCCCGCGGCCGCUGAAAGAGCGCUCAUCGGCCCCGCGCGCGCGCGAGUCGAACCCGGCCACGCCGUUUAUCGUGCUGGCGCUGCUCGUCGGCUCCCAGGCGAUCCAGAUGCUGUGGCUGAAGCAGGAGCGCGCGCACGCGCUACGCAAAGCGGAGGCGAAGAUUGGGCUGCUGCGCGAGGUUAUCGAGCGCGUGCAGAAUGGCGAGAAUGUCGAUGUCGAGAAGCUGUUGGGCACGGGCGAUGAGAGCCAGGAGCGCGAAUGGCACGAGGUGCUGAGGGAGGUUAAAGAGGAGGAGGCGCUGUUCCAGAGCAAGAAGAGGAGGAAGGCGUUAAAGCAGGAGGCGGCCGAGCAGGGGGCGGGGAAGGAGGAGGUUGUGGAAGAGAUCAAAGAGGAGGGGUUGGCGAAGGUGGAGAGCAUUGGGGGUGUGAAGUUCUAUUAGGGUGCUAUCGUUGAAGAAGAAGAAGAAGAAGAAGAAGAACAACAAGAACAACAAGAAGAACAAGAAGAACAAGAAGAACAAGAAGA